GAAUGUCCGCCCUCAUGUUCUCGCCCGUCAAGGGAGCUUCGGCUCAGUACCCUAUCCAGGCCCCGCUGGAGACCAAGGCCAACCCUACUGGUAUCGACCUCUACUCGAGGUUCGCCCUUGCUGGUGCUCUCGGGUGCGCCAUCACCCACGGUGCCAUGACCCCCGUCGAUGUCGUCAAGACUCGUAUCCAGCUGCAGCCUGAGGUCUACAACAGGGGUAUGAUCGCCGGGUUCCGCCAAGUCGUGGCCAAGGAGGGCGGUGGAGCUCUCCUCACUGGUCUCGGCCCCACCAUCGGCGGCUACUUCCUCCAGGGAGCUCUCAAGUUCGGUGGUUAUGAAUUUUGGAAGAAGACGAUCAUCGACCAAGUCGGCUACGAGACUGCCCAGCAGAACCGUACCUCCGUCUACCUCGGUGCCUCUGCCAUCGCCGAGUUCUUCGCCGACAUCGCCCUCUGCCCCCUCGAGGCUACCCGUAUCCGUCUUGUAUCUGAGCCCACCUUCGCCAACGGUCUCUUCGGUGGUUUCGCCCGCAUCGCGAAGGAAGAGGGCUUCAAGGGCUUCUACUCUGGUUUCGGUCCCAUCCUCUUCAAGCAGAUCCCCUACACCAUGGCCAAGUUUGCCGUCUUCGAGGUCGCCUUUGAGAACCUUGUCAAGAUGACCGGCAAGACCAAGGACCAGCUCGCCCCCGGUACCAUCACCUCGCUCAACCUCGGCGGAGGUGUCAUUGCCGGUCUUGCUGCUGCCUUCAUCUCUCAGCCCGCUGACACGCUCCUGUCCAAGAUCAACAAGACCAAGGCCGCCCCCGGUGAGGGCACCACCAGCCGUCUGAUCAACAUGAGCAAGGAGCUUGGUGUCCGUGGUCUCUUCGGCGGUCUCGGGGCCCGUUUCUUCAUGAUUGGUACGCUUACCGCUGGUCAAUUCGGCCUAUAUGGUUCAAUCAAGUCGGCCCUGGGCGCUACAGGUGCGAUCGACAUUGCCAAGGUGCAGAAGUAGGCGCCGCAGCGCAUGCACGGUAGGCGGAGGGGUGUCGCCGCGAGGGCGACGCUAGCAAAAUGAUGCGGAUGAGCGAUGGACUCCGACGAGGAGGAGAAGAGUAGUAGACUGUUAUGAUUCGAUGCGUAGAAGAUGGGAUUGUUCGUUGGGCGAAGGUAUGGUUUCCUCCGUGACAAUGGACAUCCUCAUGUCCCCC